AUGAAAUUCUUCCUUUCUUUCUUCGACAUUUUUUUUAUUUCUGUCUCUCUAUCUCUUCGACUUUGUUCAAAUAUUCUUUUCAUAUUUCACAUUUCAUAUUUAAAGAUUAAUCAAUCCCAACCCUUUCUUUCUUUUUCUUUCUUUCUUUCUUUCUUUCUUUCUUUCUUUCUGAAUCACUUAUGCUUUCUUUUUCCUCAUCAUUUUAUUUCACAUAUUUCGUCGACCUUUUAUAUUUUCUUUCAUUCUUUUUCCUUUUUUUCCCAACGUCUUCGUUUAUUGCUCGUUUCCUCUCAUGUUUUAUAUUUUAAUUUCCGUUCUCUUCAUUUCUCUUUCUGUCAUUAUUUUUAUUCUCGUCUUCCUUUCUCUUCUUGGAUUAUGUAUUCCAUCUAUCUAUCUAUCUAUCUAUCUAUCUAUCUAUCUAUCUAUCUAUCUGACCUUCGCCUCUCUAUACAUACCUAUAGUAGUAUUCACAAAUUUUCUGUCUCUCUCUCUCUCUCUCUCUCUCUCUCUCUCUCUCUCUCUCUCUCUCUUCUUUUCUUUUUUUAUGUUCACCUCUUUUCCUUCUCUUCCUUCCACUACCGGUACAACUAUAAUUCGGGAUAUGUUUUUGAGACGAAACAAUGA